UUUUCUCCCCGUUAAAAGAGCGCGGGAACGAGGCUGCCUAAGGAGCGCGAGAAAAACCCAAAGCAGGAAGCAGCAGCAGCAGAAGCAGAAAGAAGAGGAAUGGAAGGGAAACAGGAACCGCUACCGAACCCGAACCCGAAAUUCCCGGCGUUUCCAUUCGAACCUUACCCGAUACAAAUCGAUUUCAUGAACGCUCUGUACCAGUCCUUACAAAAGGGAGGAGUCGCCAUGCUCGAAAGUCCAACAGGUACUGGCAAAACUCUAAGCAUCAUAUGUAGUGCUCUGCAGUGGGCCGUCGAUCAGCGAUCGAAAAAUUCUCUUGAUCAGAACGCAAGAAAAGCCACAGAAGAAAAUUCAGGCAAUCCAUCUGACGACGAACCGGAUUGGAUGAGGGAUUUUUCUGCGGUCGAGAUAAAGAAGACGAGGAAACUAGGGUUUAAAUCGCGGAAUUUCGAUGAGAGAAGAUCUCGAGGAAGCUGUGGCAUCGGCAAGAAGGAGAAAGAGAAGAGAAAGGAUGUGGAGGGAUUGGAUGAGGGAGAUGCGGAGUUUUUGGUGGAGGAUUAUGAGAGCGGAGAGGAUGGGAUGAUGGAUGGUGGGGAUCUGAAGAGGAAGGCUGGGCGCAGCUGUUUUAGUUCGAGCGAUGACGACGAUGAUGACUAUGAGGAUGAUGAUGGUGGUGGUGAAGGGGAUGGGGAUAUUUUGAAGGUUUACUUUUGUAGCAGGACACAUUCACAGCUGUCGCAGUUUGUGAAGGAGUUGAAAAGGACGGUUUUCAGUUCGGAGAUGAAGGUAGUAUGUCUGGGCUCCAGAAAGAACUUCUGUAUCAAUGCAGACAUUCUGAAGCUAGGAAAUUCAACACGGAUCAAUGAGCAGUGUUUGGAGCUGCAGAAGAAUAAGAACCAAAAGAGCUCUAAAAUCAAGAUUGGUAGUGGCACCAUGCAGAUCCAGGGUGAUGGAGGAAGAAUACGUCAGACCAAAUCUUCUUCUGGAUGCCCAAUGCUUCAUAAGCAAAAGCUACAGAAGCAAUUUAGGGAUGAGGUCUGCCAGCGCGGGGCCUUGGACAUGGAGGAUCUUGUGCAGCUUGGGAAGAAGAUUGGAACCUGUCCAUACUAUGGCUCACGGAGCAUGGUCCCAACAGCUAAUCUUGUGGUUCUUCCAUACCAGUCUCUUCUCUUGAAAUCUGCUCGUGAAUUGCUUGGUUUAAAUCUGAAAAACAGCGUUGUGAUUAUAGAUGAAGCCCACAAUCUAGCUGACUCCCUCACUAAUAUGUACAACACAAAAGUAACACUCUCACAGCUUGAGCAGGUGCAUUCCCACCUUGAGGCAUACCUUGAUAGGUUUCGGAAUCAGUUGGGAGCUGCAAAUCUGCGAUACAUCCAAACUCUGAUGGUUAUAACUCGGGCUUUUCUUCGUCUUUUACUUGGAGACAAGAGUGCUGGCUCUGUUAGACCUUGUUGUGCUGAAGAAGCCUCUGGAGAGAAAAGUGUCCGUGGUUGUUCGAUGGCCAUAAACGAUUUCUUAUUUUCUCUCGAUAUUGACAACAUAAACAUGGUUAAAUUGGUUAGAUAUAUAAAGGAAAGCAACAUUGUCCACAAGGUCAGUGGAUAUGGAACAAAACUGGUCAGUUUGCAAUUAGGUUCUGUGCUUGACAAUGGCGGAAACAGUAGCAUCGAAGGAAGUAGUCUAUUGGGAUUUCAGUCAUUGGUUGAUUUCUUGCUUUCACUGACCAAUAACGAUGGUGAUGGAAGAGUGAUAAUUUCAAGGCCACCACCCACAUGCUCGGGGCAACAAGAAGAAGGAUACCUGAAAUAUGUCAUGCUUGCUGGAGAGAAGAUAUUUUCUGAGAUUGUGGAUCAAGCGCAUGCUGUUGUACUUGCAGGGGGAACUCUGCAGCCCAUAGAGGAGACAAAGGAACGACUCUUCCCGUGUUUACCACGCGACCAGUUUCAUUUCUUCUCAUGCAAUCAUAUUGUCCCACCAGAGAGUAUUUUACCAAUUGCUGUUUCCCGUGGGCCAUCUGGAAGCUCAUUUGAUUUUAGCUACAACUCGCGAAGCUCUGCCAGAAUGAUAGAGGAGCUAGGGCGUUUGCUGUGCAAUUUAGUGGGAGUGGUUCCUGAAGGGAUUGUUGUGUUCUUCUCUUCAUUUGAGUAUGAAGGGCAGGUCUAUGAUGCAUGGAAAGCUUCGGGCACCCUGGCGAGAAUUCUGAAGAAAAAGCGUGUAUUCAGGGAGCCCAGAAGUAAUAUGGAUGUUGAAGCUGUUCUUAAGGAAUACAAGGAAGCUAUCACAUUGGCUGUUGCUGGUUCUAGAGAAGAUUCAAUACCUCAUGGUGCACUGCUUCUAGCUGUAGUUGGUGGAAAGAUUUCAGAAGGUAUCAACUUCAGUGAUGGAAUGGGACGAUGUGUAGUUAUGGUCGGACUUCCCUAUCCAAGCCCAUCUGAUGUGGAGCUGAUGGAAAGAGUAAAACAUAUUGAAGGACUGGGAGACUCAAAUGCCACAAGACCUGCCAAGCUCUUGUCCGAUGAGAUCUCUAAUGAAAAUACUGUUCAAUCUGGUUUUGAUAUCUUAAGAAGUUGCAAGCGAAGGGGAAGGGAAUACUAUGAAAACCUGUGCAUGAAGGCUGUAAAUCAAUCAAUUGGUCGAGCAAUUAGGCACAUCAAUGACUAUGCAGCAAUCUUGUUGGUGGACUCACGUUACUCAUCCAAUCCAUCGAAGGGAAGCUUCUCUCAUGCCACAAACAAGCUCCCGCAGUGGAUAAAAUGUCGUCUAGUUUCUGUGGAAAACUAUGGGGAAGUCCAUAGACUGCUCCAUCAGUUCUUUAAACUCAACAAGCAGAGACAAUGUUAAGUAGAAUAUCUGAUUGGAGCAGUGGUAUCUCCAUUUCUUGAGAAGACGUGCAAGAUUGAGCCCAUCUUGCUUAUAGUCUGCAAACAUGCAGAGCUAUGGAUUGGCUUCCAUGAAAUUGCCUUGGCAAGUUGGCCAGGUUGGAGCAGUUGUUAGGAAGAAGGUAGUGCUAUGGAGGGAAAUGUUAGCUGGGGAGGGAAUGAUUAAUGGCUUAAGCUAUUCACAGAGGAUUCGGUAUCUGUUCAGUGGUUUCAUCCUAAUCCUCCCACUUAGGAUCCAUUGAUUUCUUCUUCUUCUUCUUCGUCUUUUUUUUUUUUUUUUUUUCGUUAAACGGAAACAAAAUCCUGUAAACAUAUCUAUCUUGCUGAUUGUUCUGGCAUUACCUAGCUGUUCACAAUUCUUUUUUAUUAGUGAUAUUGCUCUCCACAUCUCAAUACAAUUCUGGCAGUGAUUUGUAUGCUC